GGAGCCGCUGGAGCGGAGCGGUAUUAGCGGCGUUGCUGGAAGAUGGCGAGCGGCCGGGAUGAGCGGCCGCCCUGGCGGCUGGGACGCCUGCGUCUGCUGCCGCCGCCACCGCUGCUGCUGCUGCUGCUGCUACUGAGGAGCUCGGCCCAGGCGGCGCACAUCAAGAAGGCUGAGGCGACCACGACAACCGUUGGCGGCUCCGAGGCGGCCGAGGGCCAGUUUGACCACUACUACCACGAAGCGGCGCUGGGCGAGGCGCUGGAAGCGGCGGCGGCCGCGGGGCCACCCGGCCUGGCGCGUCUCUUCAGCAUCGGCAGCUCGGUGGAGGGCCGGCCGCUGUGGGUGCUGCGCCUCACAGCGGGCCUGGGGCCGCCGCCCACCGCCGCCGCGGGGCUGGACGCCGCGGGGCCGCUGCUGCCCGGCCGGCCGCAGGUGAAGCUGGUGGGUAACAUGCACGGCGACGAGACGGUGUCACGCCAGGUGUUGGUCUACCUGGCCCGCGAGCUGGCGUCGGGCUACCGCCGCGGGGACCCGCGCCUGGUCCGCCUGCUCAACACCACCGACGUGUAUUUGCUGCCCAGCCUGAACCCGGAUGGCUUCGAACGUGCCCGCGAGGGUGACUGCGGCCUCGGCGACAGCGGCCCGCCUGGGACCAGCGGCCGUGACAACAGCCGAGGCCGCGACCUCAACCGCAGCUUCCCUGACCAGUUCAGCACCGGCGAGCCACCUUCCCUGGAUGAGGUGCCGGAGGUGCGCGCCCUCAUCGACUGGAUCCGCAGGAACAAGUUUGUGCUUUCUGGAAAUCUUCAUGGUGGCUCAGUGGUAGCAAGCUAUCCUUUUGAUGAUUCUCCCGAGCAUAAGACCACUGGACUCUAUAGCAAAACCUCCGAUGAUGAAGUCUUUAGAUACUUGGCAAAAGCUUAUGCCUCUAACCACCCUAUAAUGAAAACUGGCGAACCCCAUUGUCCAGGAGAUGAAGACGAGACUUUCAAAGAUGGGAUCACGAAUGGCGCGCACUGGUAUGACGUGGAAGGUGGUAUGCAAGAUUACAAUUAUGUAUGGGCCAACUGUUUUGAGAUCACAUUAGAAUUGUCUUGCUGCAAGUACCCACCUGCUUCUCAGCUUCGACAAGAAUGGGAGAAUAAUCGUGAGUCUUUGAUCACAUUGAUUGAAAAGGUCCACAUUGGAAUUAAAGGAUUUGUUAAAGAUUCCGUAACAGGCUCUGGGUUAGAGAACGCAACCAUUUCAGUGGCUGGUAUUAAUCAUAACAUCACAACGGGAAGAUUUGGUGAUUUCCACAGAUUACUUGUUCCUGGAACUUACAAUCUUACGGCGCUUUCAACUGGGUAUAUGCCAUUGACCAUUAAUAAUAUAAUGGUGAAAGAAGGGCCAGCUACAGAGAUGGAUUUCUCCCUUCGGCCAACUGUGAUGUCAGUAAUGCCUGGUUCAACUGAGGCUGUAACAACUCCUGGCACAGUUGCUGUUCCUAAUAUCCCUCCUGGAACACCAUCCUCCCAUCAGCCAAUUCAGCCUAAAGACUUUCACCACCACCAUUUUCCCGACAUGGAAAUCUUCUUGAGAAGAUUUGCCAAUGAAUAUCCUAAUAUCACCCGUCUUUAUUCUCUGGGGAAAUCCGUAGAGUCAAGAGAACUGUAUGUGAUGGAGAUAUCUGAUAACCCAGGUGUCCAUGAACCAGGUGAACCAGAAUUUAAGUAUAUUGGAAAUAUGCAUGGAAAUGAAGUGGUUGGAAGAGAGCUGCUAUUGAAUCUCAUUGAAUACCUCUGCAAGAAUUUUGGAACAGACCCUGAAGUAACAGAUUUGGUUCGCAGCACAAGAAUUCACCUUAUGCCAUCCAUGAAUCCUGAUGGAUAUGAAAAGUCCCAGGAAGGAGAUUCGAUCAGUGUAGUUGGCAGAAACAACAGCAACAACUUUGACCUAAACCGGAAUUUCCCAGACCAGUUUGUUCCAAUCACAGAACCUACCCAACCAGAAACUAUCGCUGUGAUGAGCUGGGUGAAGGCCUACCCGUUUGUGCUGUCAGCCAAUCUGCACGGGGGUUCCCUGGUGGUUAACUACCCUUAUGAUGAUAAUGAGCAAGGAGUUGCCACGUACAGCAAGUCACCAGAUGAUGCUGUAUUUCAGCAAAUAGCACUUUCUUAUUCCAAGGAAAAUUCGCAGAUGUUCCAAGGUAGACCUUGCAAGGACAUGUAUCUCAAUGAGUAUUUUCCUCAUGGGAUAACAAACGGAGCUAGUUGGUAUAACGUCCCAGGUGGUAUGCAGGACUGGAACUAUUUACAGACAAAUUGCUUUGAAGUAACUAUCGAACUCGGUUGUGUGAAAUAUCCAUUUGAGAAUGAACUGCCAAAGUACUGGGAGCAAAAUCGAAGAUCUCUAAUCCAGUUUAUGAAACAGGUUCAUCAGGGUGUCAAAGGAUUUGUCCUUGAUGCCACAGAUGGUAGGGGCAUAUUAAAUGCCACCCUCAGUGUUGCUGAAAUUAAUCACCCAGUGACCACUUACAAAGCUGGAGAUUACUGGCGCCUCUUGGUCCCAGGGACAUACAAAAUCACAGCAUCUGCCCGAGGGUAUAACCCUGUCACCAAGAACGUGACCGUCAGGAGUGAAGGUGCUGUUCAGGUCAACUUCACCCUUGUUCGAUCUUCAGCAGAUGCAAACAAUGAGUCAAAGAAAGGCAGGGGGCAUAGCACCAGCACUGACGACACCAGCGACCCAACUUCUAAGGAGUUUGAAGCAUUAAUCAAACACCUUUCGGCUGAGAAUGGCUUGGAAGGCUUCAUGUUAAGCUCGUCCUCAGACCUGGCUCUGUAUCGAUACCAUUCAUACAAAGACUUAUCCGAGUUCCUGAGAGGACUUGUAAUGAACUACCCGCACAUUACAAACCUUACCACUUUGGGACAGAGUGUUGAGUAUCGUCACAUUUGGUCCCUGGAGAUCUCCAAUAAGCCCAACAUAUCAGAACCUGAAGAACCGAAGAUUCGUUUUGUUGCUGGUAUCCAUGGAAACGCUCCAGUUGGAACUGAACUGCUCUUGGCUCUGGCAGAAUUUCUUUGCCUGAAUUACAAAAGGAACCCAGUUGUUACCCAAUUGGUUGACAGGACUAGAAUUGUGAUUGUUCCCUCUCUGAAUCCAGAUGGGCGAGAGCGUGCUCAAGAGAAAGACUGCACCUCAAAGACUGGGCACACAAAUGCUCAUGGCAAAGACCUGGACACAGACUUUACAAGUAAUGCUUCUCAGCCUGAGACCAAAGCCAUCAUCGAAAACUUGAUUCAAAAGCAGGACUUCAGUCUUUCCAUUGCCUUAGAUGGUGGUUCUGUGCUGGUCACAUAUCCGUAUGAUAAACCAGUGCAGACAGUGGAAAACAAAGAAACUUUAAAGCAUUUGGCAUCUCUUUAUGCAAAUAACCAUCCAUCAAUGCACAUGGGUCAGCCCAGUUGCCCAAAUAAUUCAGAUGAGAACAUACCUGGAGGAGUGAUGCGGGGAGCCGAGUGGCACAGUCACCUGGGCAGCAUGAAGGAUUAUAGUGUCACCUAUGGCCAUUGCCCAGAAAUCACGGUAUACACAAGCUGCUGCUACUUCCCAAGUGCAGCUCAGCUCCCUGCCCUAUGGGCAGAGAACAAGAAGUCUCUCCUUAGCAUGCUGGUGGAGGUCCACAAAGGAGUCCACGGGUUAGUAAAAGACAAGGCUGGUAAACCAAUCUCGAAAGCAGUCAUUGUACUCAAUGAAGGAAUAAAAGUAUACACAAAGGAGGGGGGUUAUUUCCAUGUGCUCCUAGCUCCUGGAGUCCAUAACAUCAACGCAAUUGCUGAUGGGUACCAGCAGCAGCACACACAGGUCUUUGUGCAUCAUGAUGCAGCCAGUUCUGUGGUAAUAGUCUUUGAUACAGAUAACCGGAUAUUUGGUUUGCCAAGGGAACUCGUGGUAACUGUGUCAGGUGCCACUAUGUCAGCACUGAUCCUAACGGCUUGCAUCAUUUGGUGCAUCUGCUCCAUCAAGUCUAAUAGACACAAAGAUGGCUUCCACCGGCUGCGGCAGCAUCAUGAUGAAUAUGAAGAUGAAAUUCGCAUGAUGUCAACUGGCUCUAAGAAGUCCCUCCUAAGCCAUGAGUUCCAGGAUGAAACGGACACAGAGGAGGAAACAUUAUAUUCUAGCAAACAUUGAAAAGCACGGUUUGCAUAUCUCCCUGUAUACGUACCAGGCAAAAUGACAGCUCUUCUUGGGAGACACUGCAGUAAGAAGAGAAAUUCCUUCCGCCUUCAAAGAGCUUUGGGAAGUUAGCCUGCUAAAUUCAUACUCUCUGAAUGUCACAGGCAGUUUUGAACUUCCCUUCCUUAAAGUACUCUUAACCUUUUCUUUAAAAAAAAAAAUCUGAUUUCUAUUUAUGCAGCAGAAGAUGGGGCAGCCGCUUUGUUUCCCUUUUUAAUUUAAGACGAGCUGUUCAGAGACUCUAUAGAGACAGCAUAAAGCCAGCUAGUAGAUGUUGUAUCUUGCACAUCAGACAUUUACUAGUGGCUUUAGUUUUGUUCUCUUUAAUUUAAAGGCCAAAAGAAUCCAGAAACAUUAAGGCAGGGACACCAGUCAGACUCUGACACAAAGCUUUAAAAACUCGAGAUUUUUCUCCAUCUACUGAGGAGUUCUCUUCUCCAGUUAGCACAUAGCUGGGGUUUCUCUUAUUCAGGUCUAAUGGAGGCUGGAUGAUGCUUAGACAGAUCUGACAUUAGGAAAUGGAAUAAACGGGCUUCCGUAUUUGUCUUUCUACCUGUUUCCAAGCUGGGUCAGAACUGGUGGGCUGUGCUCUCAGCAGGAUUUUACUACCUCUCUUGUAAGGUUUAGCAAAGUUCUAGAUAUCUUUAUCCUAGAGGAGAACUCACUGGCUUUGCUGUGGAGGCACCAGAUGUCCCAUGAGUAGAGGUGAAAGGGAGAUGGAGCAGAAGCAAGGACGUUGUCUGUCUUAUCCUGGUAAAACCCAUAGGUGCUGCUGCUUUAUCUGUGAAGCACUCAUUCUCCUAGGAACGCCUGUUCCUUAGCAUUUCCUACAUUUCAGCCCUUCUGUGUGUACACCUGCGGUUUCCAUAUGACCCACACCUAAAGGUUCUGAAUUCUACUGCUGAAACUAUCUAAAAGUGGAAGAAACCUACUUGCACAUUCUCAGUACACUUGGAUCCAAAAUGUCUACACUUGAUGCUCCGGCCCAAGCCUCUGCCCUGUGAUGGCAUACUGUCAUGGAGAUAGUGUGGCCUCUGCACAUGGGCCUCCAAAAGUAAUUCAGUCCUUUGUCCUAUGAUUCCCUUGACAGUCUUUUUCUUUUUCUUUUUUUGAUCAAGCAAUUAUGUUAAAAUUUUCAGUUCUAAGCUUUGAAAUAUGGUUCUUUCCAUGUAAAAAAGUCAACUGAAGGACUGCCAUGUGAUAGAACAUUGGUAUGAAGGUGUCCUCUUCAAUGCCAGUCAGGCCUAAAAGAUUGGUAUUUUAUUGUGUCUGUCUGAAUGCUGUUCAGUGGAAUGAUGCUUUUUGUAAGUGUGAGUCUUACCAAUGACGUAACAGUUUAAUAUCUUUGAAUGUUUUUAAUGGCCAAGUUGCUGCUGAACUUGUACUAAAUCAGGGGAUCACAAAACUAGCUCUUACCUUUCCAAACUGCAUUCAUGCCAUUGAUGUAUCAGUUACCCUAAGGCUCGACUCACCCAGGUCACUCGGCCACACUUGGUGAGGAAUGCACCCAAGUGGCUGUGUAAAGUUGAGAUCUUAGUUGAUGGAAGGGGCUAAUGAGAUCUUGGUAUCUGUUAGUCACGGUCACUUAGGUGGCUUAGGUCCAGCUGUUCUGGAAUCUGUCCUGGUAUCAGCAUAUCUGAACCUUGCUUCUCUGCAUGAACAGAACAAUUAGUGGCAGUUAAUGCUAAUGAAGAGCACAUGACUCCAUCUCUUCCGGUAAUGCUUUGUUUUCCUAAAUGAUGUGUAUUGUUCUUUUUCAGCUUUAUUUUUAAAAGUGCCAAGUCAGAAAACCAACAAGUGGCCUGUGGCUGGGCCCUGCUUGGGACAAAUAGAAACCAAGUUCAUGUGACAGCCUUCACGUUACUAGAGUUCACUAAAGGACACUUUCCACUUGUUCUCUGGCAUUAAGUGUGUCUUUAACAGUUCAUCUCAGCAGUCACAGGCCAUGCCUUGGUCACAGGCCAUGCCUUCUUAAGUAUGUAUGAAACCUUUUUAGAGAUGAAUAUAUAGAAUAGUUCUCUUAGUCAUCUUUUCCUGAAAUGAAACCCAAAUUCUGCUCUAAGUUUUGAGUCUUUAAUGAACUUCUAAUGUACUGAGGCGGAAAAUCCGGCCUCCCCAGCCUGCCACCUAUGAACAUGAAUGUACAAGACCCAUGACUACAAGACUUUGUUCUUAGCCCAGCCUUCUUUGGGUUGUGAAACCGAUCUAAUCCUACACUACUUCGGCAGCCGAGGACACUGAAGCCAUAUGGGGUGGGCAGUGCAUGCCUCCAGUGUUUCUCCUGGAGACCUUCCAUUUCUUCAGAGUCCUGGACUCAAGUGUCACAGUAUUAGAAGUUUGCCCCAGUCUGAGAUGUGCCUUUCCUUUGCUCACAAGGUGUUGCUUUGUCCUCGUGAUGAGUUUAUAAGCCUUCUUCCCUCCCUGCUCCUUAACAAAAACAAUGUGAUGGAUCGGUGAUGUUCACAGUUCUCCCUGUGCGGAUGCACUUGUGCUCAUAGGGUUUGGUAAGAUGAUCUCAAGUAACUACACCAGCUUUGGUGUAGCAGUGAACUCCGGGUGGUGCUGGGAUCUGAUCCAACGAAAAACACUUGCCAUUCUCACCGAAGAGAACUGGCUUUGGGACUCUGUUAACUUUGGGGAAGGAAACAUUGUAUGUUUGGCUCAGUGUGCUUGGCUGGUUAAUCUUUGGUAAUUUCACCUGAAUGAGAUUUGAUGAAUUAAUGAAUAUUGAAUUUAAAACUAAUUAUGAGUGAAAAAUAAAAGGGUCGUGCUUAUGUCUGAACUUGCUGCGUUUCUGAGCUAGCACCAGCUCACCAGGAACCACGGCUCAAUACUCCAUUCAUUUCCACCUGUCCCCAGCAUUAGAGGUUUCUCGUCUGCCAGACUCACACUCCUGCCAGGUUUGGUCCCUGCUCUCUCAGAAGCUUCUUGGCUAUGAACAUGUCAUGGUGUCCUGCAGUGUGGGUCUCUGGUGGAUUGUUUUAUGGUAGCACCCAAGUAUCUUCCCCCAAUUUUUCCUUUAUUGUUAUUACUAAAAUUCCACUAAUGGUUAAAUAUUCAAUGAUCUUUCUGUCUAGCAACUUGUUGAUAACUUUAGGUUUCUGAUUUGUUUUAAUUAUAGCAGUUUUGGGGGGUGAAUAGGGCCUUCGAUUAAUGUCAAUUGAAUUUGGGUUUCUAGUUUUUUGAAGAAAACCCUCCCAAAUACACUUUUCCUUUAUACUUGGAAAAACUUCAUUAAUAGUUCCACUUAACUCUCAAAGUAUUAUCCUGGUUGAUUUUGAAAUUUGAAAAUAGGUUACCAUUUUGAGGCAAUUAGAUAAAAAUUAUGUAAAUACAGACAAUUACAAUGUUUAUAAAUAGUGUAACAUGAAUGUACUAGCUACAUUCAAUGCUGCAGAUUUUUUGGAAGUGUGACAUGGUAUUUUUUUAUGUUCCUUUUACCUCUUUUUUUUUCCAAAUACUUCCCCAGAUCCAAAAUUCUCCACAACAAUUUCUAUGACAUAACACCCAUUUGUCUUAAGUGCUUCAGUCUUUUGUUUUAUUUCAUGCACUGUGCCUUCAAAAUGAAAACUUAAAAGGGACUUUAAAAGAAUUGAAUAGUAGUUUUAAAAAGUUAAUCUGUGUAAUUUAUGUGAAAUCUAACUGUACUGAGGUCCUUUGUUUUUUAUAUGUAAACAGAUCUACUAAUCCUGUAUAAAAGUUAUUUUAUGAUGUUUGUCUUUCUUUGUGUGUUGUCUCAUAAGCUUUAUUCAAAAACAGUAGACGGUUACUGCUCAAAUCCUGAAAGUUUUAAGCUUAGUUUUUCUACCUAACUUGAAGAGAAAAUAGUACCAGAGGCAGGAUAUGGGGAACCACCUAUAAAGUGUUCCCAUCUUUAUGAAUUGACUUACAGAAGGUUUUGUUUCAGAAGUGACUGUUUACAUAGCAGCCACAACUGUGCAGCAUCCAGAAUGAUGCGUUCAGGAGCACCACACACAGUAGCCACACAGGGCUUUACCACGGCACAGCCCACUCCACAGGUAUCCUAUGUGCUGCCUUUCAGAUCAGGAACGCCCAAGAGGCUUAUAGACCCAUGCUACAUGGUGAAGCACAGUUAGAAUGACCUGUCCUGGCAUCUCAGGCAUGACCGUGAUGAAGUCAGUGUCCCCUGGUUAUUUAACAAGUUCCCCCAAAAUUGCUGCUCUAAUGGGUUGGGAAUGUAGAGCUAUGUAAGAAACAUGGGCUGUGCUGACAGGGAACUCUUGGUCCAGACAAGAGAAGCAGAGACAGCCAUAGGCUGUGCUUCAGUGGCAUUUGGCCUCUCUCAGAAGUCUCCUGAGGAAGUUCUGAGAGGUUUCAGUCUGGGCCACUUGUGAUAGAUGUCAUUUGCAAUGUGACCUUGGAUUGCAAGAAUCUCAGAGCAGGCUCAGCAUCUCAGCCUCAUGUCUGUUAAGGAACCAACUGGAAGAGAAUGGGAGGUGGGUUGAGGAGAUGGAGUCAGCGUGGUGUUUGGCUCCAAGCUGAGUACCUAGAGUAGCCAGUGUCCUUCCCUUCCUUUGUUGUUUCCUGGUCUGCUUGGUGGUAUGUUGUCAGCCAUCUGAACUGAGAUCUCUUAAAGGCCAUCUUUUUAAUUUAGAAGACAUUUAGAUAAGAAAACUUCCUGGAACUUGCUUCCACUCUGUGGUUCACUAGGUUGCCUGAAAUAUGAUAAAAGUUUUAAUUUUCCAGGUGCUUCAUACUUGUUUUUAGGUGAGAUUAGACUAUCCAUGUUACUUCGUAGAGGCUUGGUUUAACUGUUGGAAAUCCUAUCGUGAGUUUUAGCACUUUUUCAUGCUUGAAGCUAGAUGUCUUUUGGUUGUUUUUAUAAACAUAAUCUACUAAUUGUGCUCAGUUUUUCGGAUGUCUAGGAAUUGUUACCAGCAAUGUAAAUACAGUGGCCAUUGCUCACAUGC